AUGCCCUUGCUUUGGCUGCGAGGAUUUCUGUUGGCGAGUUGCUGGAUUAUAGUGAGGAGUUCCCCUACCCCGGGAUCCGAGGGGCCCGGGGCGGACCCCGCCUGCCCGUCCUGUGCACUGACCACCCUGCCCAAGGAGGUCCCCAGCGCCCAGCCGGAGAUGGUGGAGGCCGUCAAAAAGCACAUCUUGAACAUGCUGCACUUGAAGAAGAGACCCGAGGUCACCCAGCCGGUGCCCAAGGCGGCGCUUCUGAACGCGAUCAAAAAGCUCCAUGUGGGCAAAGUGGGGGAGCACGGGUACGUGGAGAUAGAGGAUGACAUCGGCAGGAGGGCAGAAAUGAAUGAACUGAUGGAGCAGACCUCCGAGAUCAUCACGUUCGCGGAAUCAGGCGCCACCAGGAAGACGCUGCACUUUGAGAUUUCCAAAGAGGGCAGUGACCUGUCAGUGGUGGAGCGUGCAGAAAUCUGGCUCUUCCUAAAAGUCCCCAAGGCCAACAGGAACAGGACCAAAGUCACUAUCCGUCUCUUUCAGCAGCUGAAGCAUCCGCAGGGCAGCUUGGACACGGGGGACGAGGCCGAGGCUGUUGGAAUAAUGGGGGAGAGGAGUGAACUGUUGAUAUCAGAAAAGGCAGUGGAUGCUCGGAAGAGCACCUGGCACAUCUUUCCCGUCUCCAGCAGCAUCCAGCGGUUGCUGGACCAGGGCAGGAGCUCCCUGGACAUUCGGAUUGCCUGUGAGCAGUGCCAUGAGACUGGUGCCAGCCUCGUGCUCAUGGGCAAGAAGAAGAAGAAAGAAGAGGAGGGGGAAGGAAAGAAAAAGGCCGGAGGAGAAGGAGGGGCGGGAGGAGACGAGGAGAAGGAGCAGUCCCAUAGACCUUUCCUCAUGCUGCAGGCCCGCCAAUCGGAAGACCACCCCCAUCGGAGACGGCGGCGGGGCUUGGAGUGCGAUGGCAAGGUCAACAUCUGCUGUAAGAAACAGUUCUUUGUCAGCUUCAAGGACAUUGGCUGGAAUGACUGGAUCAUCGCUCCCUCUGGCUAUCAUGCCAACUACUGCGAGGGUGAGUGCCCGAGCCACAUAGCAGGCACGUCGGGGUCAUCGCUCUCCUUCCAUUCCACCGUCAUCAACCACUACCGCAUGCGGGGGUACAGCCCCUUCUCCAACCUCAAGUCGUGCUGUGUGCCCACCAAGCUGAGACCCAUGUCCAUGUUGUACUAUGAUGACGGGCAGAACAUCAUCAAGAAGGACAUUCAGAACAUGAUCGUGGAGGAGUGUGGGUGCUCGUAG